AUGACCCUUCCUCAGGAAACCGAGCCACAUGCCCAUAGAGGGGUAAAAGAAAGAAUAAGUGGCAAGGAGACUACCUGGGAGAUACUGAGUGAGAAGAUGAGAAGUGUGGGUAAAGUAGUGCUCGGAGAAACAUCAGGAAAGGCACCAAAGGUGGGUAAAGACACAUGGUGGUGGAAUGAGGAAGUGCAACAGGCAAUAGCAGAAAAGAGAAACAGUAAAAGGACGAGGGAUCAAUCGCAGUCCGAUGAGGCAGCACAGCAAUACAAGGCAGCAGCAGGGCGAAAACGGAAGUGGCGAAAGCAAAAAGUGAGGCACAUAAAGAUCUUUAUAAGAAGAGGAAAGAUGCACAACACCAGCAGCACAUCCCGGGAAAGUCUCGGAAGUCAGCAAGGAGGAGUAAAAAGAGCGAUAAAAAGGAUGAAGACAGGGAAGGCUGUAGGUCCUAAUGGGAUACCUAUGGAGACCUGGAAGUCUUUUGGAGAAGGCGUAGAGUGGUUGACAAAGAUUCUCAAUACAGUGCCUGACGAUUAG